AUGACUUCCUGCUACAUCAACUCAUCCCACUGUCUGGGCAGCACCAAGAUGCCUACAGCAACAAAUGUCUGUGGCCCCUGCACUGACAUUGGAGGCCAGCCUGGGUCAGAGGGCAACGCUUCAUCUCUGUGCCUGUUGGCCACCAUUGCACAUGCCAACCGACCACGUGUUGGGGCAACCCCUCUGGGCCAACCCAGCCUCUGUAUGCCCCACAGCUGCCAAACUGCUUGCCCCUUGCCAGGGACCCGCAACAUUCCUGGCAACAUUGGAGUCUGUGAGAACUAUGGGGAAGGCGCUCCCAAUGGCCAUGAGAAGGUGACCAUGCAGUUCCUGAAUGAUCGCCUGGCCAACUACCUGGAGAAGGUGCGCCAGCUGGAGAGGGACAAUGAGGAGCUGGAGACCAAGAUCCGAGAGUCAAGCAAAUGCCAUGAGUCCACUGUGUGUCCAGACUACCAGUCCUACUUUCAGACCAUCAAGGAGCUCCAGCAGAAGAUCCUGUGUAGCAAGGCUGAGAAUACCAGAAUGGUUAUCCAAAUUGACAAUGCCAAGCUGGCUGCUGAUGACUUUAGAAUCAAACAUGAGAGUGAGCUCUCCCUGCGCCAGGUGGUAGAGGCGGACAUGUGUGGGAUGCACAAGCUCAUGGAUGACCUGAGCCUGGCCAAGGCUGACCUGGAGGCCCAGCAGGAGUCCCUGAAGGAGGAGCUGCUCUGCCUCAAGAGGAACCACGAACAGGAAGUGAGCAUUCUGAGGGGCCAGCUGGGGGACAAGCUCCAGAUUAAGCUGGAUGUUGAGCCCACCGUGGACCUGGGCAGAGUGCUGGAGGACAUGAGGUGCCACUAUGAGGCCAUGGUGCAGACCAGCCGCAAUGAUGUGGAGGAGUGGUUCCAAGAUCAGUCUGAGAGCAUCAGCCAGCAGGACAUGUCCUGCUCUGAGGAGUUGCGGUGCUGCCAGUCGGAGAUCCUGGAGCUGAGACGCACGGUGAACGCCCUGGAGGUGGAGCUUCAGGCCCAGCACACACUGAAAGACUGUCUGCAGAACUCUCUGUGUGAAGCCGAUGCCCGUUUUGGCACGGAGCUGGCGCAGAUGCAGAUCCUGAUCAGCAACGUGGAGGAGCAGCUGUCUGAGAUCCGGGGUGACCUGGAGCGGCAGAACCAGGAGUACCAGGUGCUGCUGGAUGUCAAGGCUCGGCUGGAGUGUGAGAUUGCCACGUACCGGAAACUUCUGGAGAGUGAGGAUUGCAAACUCCCCAUCAAUCCCUGCUCUACGGCUGCUUCCCGUGUCCUUGGGCCAAGCUGUGCCCCUGCCACCUGCAGCCCUCUCUAA